UAGUAGCUUUUUACAUAUAUAUAAAAUCCGUGUUGAAAGUCUUGGAGCCGAAAGGUUACAUCCGACCCCAGGAUGAAGCUUCUCCUUAAUUUGAAGAGUAGACUUAUAUAUAAUAUGUGUUCACAGAAACGUCCUUACAGUUACGCUUCGCAGCUGUAUGAUAAGUACAAGGAAGCACUUGAUGAAUACAUCAAUUCUACGGUUCUGCCUGCUUUAAGAGAGAAGCAGGAUGCUGAGUUUAUGUUGAGGGAGCUUGUGAAGAGAUGGGAGAAUUAUAAACGUAUGCUCAGGUGGCUCUUUAUAUUCUUCCAUUAUCUUUCACGGUAUCAUAUUGCCCGAAGAUCGCUACCUACACUGAACGAUGUUAGUCUGACAUGCUUCGACAAUUUGGUUUAUAAGGAGUUGAGCAGUAAAGCUAUAAAUGCUGUUAUUAUGUUGAUUGAAAAAGAACGCGAGGGUGAACAGAUUGAUAGAGCUUUAUUGAAGAAUGUUCUUGGUAUAUUUGCUGAAAUUGGAAGGGGGGAAAUGGGGUAUUAUGUGAGUGACUUUGGAGAUGCAAUGCUUAGAGAUACUGCAGCUUAUUAUUCUCGGAAAGCUUCAAGUUGGAUUGUGGAAGAUUCUUAUUCGGACUAUAUGUUGAAGGAGGAAGAGUGCUUGAAGAAAGAGAAGGAUAGAGUGUCUCAUUAUCUCCACGUUAGUACCGAGAAAAAACUUCUGGAGAAAGUGAAACACGAAUUAGUGGUUGUGUAUACCAAUCAGUUACUUGAGAAGGAGCAUUCUGAAUCCCGUGCUUUGCUCAGAGAUGAUAAGGCUGAAAGUUCGGGAUCGUUGUGCCAGAUGAUACCAUAAUGCAACUGUCAUCCUCUUUCAGCAUUGCCCUAUGAAGGACAGAUGUUUCAUGUU